CGAACGCAUGUCUGAAAGUGACCAAACCCGUCGUAUCAUUGACUGUAAAACACCGAGGUGCUGCUCGUAUCCCCGUUAUCUACCAACUCGCGGCGUACGCAGUGUGACUUUGUCCCGCAUCAGACACCACCCACCCCUUUCACUCUAGCUACUAGUUAGAAGUACCGUUCCGUACGUUACCGGACGUAUAGGCCACACCGGUGUGUAGACACGAUCCAACAUCCAUCCACACACGCCCGUUAUUGCGUUCCGUUCCGUCGCAGUUAGAGAGAAACGUUUACGUCCGGACGUCCGAACGCACCUUCACGCCCAAAUUUGUCACCGUUACGGAGUCAAUCGUCGGUAGGUCGAGCGAGUCGGCAGCCCGAUCCCACUCAUGAUCACGGGCCUCUUCGUUGUUGUGCAACCGUAAGCUUGGUUCUUUCCUCGUAUGGAACACCCGAACGCUGCGGCGAGUGGCGUUGCCUCGAGACACCAUGGUGACAACAACGUUCACAACAACAACGUCGACCAAGAUCCCAACCCACCCGCUGUCGCUGCCGGAGACACGACCUCCCAUUCCGACUCGGACGAAGAAGGCGCCGAAAGCAACGUUGUGAAUCGCGCGAGUCGGAAACGGCCGGUUCCAACUUCCGCUCUCACUACCGACAUUCCUACGGGCACGGAGAAUCCCUUGGAGGCGCCCAUUCCCGGGGAGGAGGGCGUCAAGCUCGAGCAACGAAGAGCGUACAACCGGAUGUGUGCCGCCAAGGCCCGCAAACGGUCCAAAGAUCUCAUUGCGACACUCCAAACCCAAGUGAGUGAAUUGACUCGGGACAAGGCCGAACUGCAACGCAACAACGAAGUCAUGCGCGCCCAGUUGACUCUACUCGAACAACAAAAUCGCACUCUACUCGUGAACGGUCAACGUGGGAGCCUUCCGAUGCCUCCCGUUGCAGCAAUGCCGUCGGCCAUGGGAAACGUCAACAUGUUUUUGAACGCUGCGGCAGCCUCCGGGGUGAACCCAUUCCUACUGCCCCAAUCAGCAACCAACAAUAUGCAAAACGCCGCGCUUUUGGAAGCACUCGCCGGCGGACAACACUUGCUGAAUUUUGGAAAUCCCAACACUAUGGGCAAUAGUAUAGGGGAUGGUGCGUCCUUGCCACCGAUGGCUGUCGCAAGCUUUUUACAACAACCACAGCCGCAGCAGCCACUGCAACUGUUCCAACAACAGAAGCAUCCAGCGAUGCAAGUGCCGCUGCCAACCCCACAAUCAGCGUCAGCGUCGCAACAACCCCAAUCCACACCACAACUUACCGAGCAACAACCACUACAGUCCCAGCCACCUCCGCCAGCACCGGCAAUACAGCCGCCGUCGCAACAACGCGCGUUUUCUCAACAUUGAGAACAAGGAGUACAGUAGGCAUGCACCACAGCAGGCAACGGUGUCAACCAUCUCGUGGAGCGUCUGUGAGCGAUUAAUGACCUAUGGACCUUUUUGUUGCGCUUUUGAUUAGAGAGAUGAUGCUCAUUCCCAACGUACGGUAUAACGAUAAAGUUUUGUUUGCAUC